UCAGGGAGAGGGUGGGGGAGCCAAGGGGGGGCACCAUGCAGCGCAGCAGCUCCGAAGGGUACUUGGCACAAAUGGAAAAACAGAAGCAGCUCAAGGAAGGGGCAAACUACAAGGCCUACACACUGAGAGACUACAAGAACUUGAAACAGGAUGUACAGCUCGGAGGUCUUGGACAAACUCACCAGGUGUCAGAGGAAACAGCGGUGAAAAUUAAACGGCAGAGGCAUUAUUCAAAUCAGGUCAAAGAACAAAACAUGAAGAUGAAUAAAAAUCCCUACGCGUCAACAAGAAAACCUCAGAGCAAUGAGAAUACUGAAGACACUCCCAGGAAAAAGGCUUUGGAAUAUGCCAGGAAUAUCCCUAAGCCCAAACCACCCCCACAGCCUAGGGGUGCAGCAGAGAAACUAACCAAGAGGGGCUUAACUGAGCAUGCCCGGUAUUUGGAGGACUUAGACCUAUCCCAGCUUGCAACACUGGAGAUGCUACAGAGGCGCCACGAAGAGGAGAAGCAAAUAGUGUCCACUUUCAAAGCGUUGCACGUGGCUUAAGAGCCCAGGUUACACAGCGCAGGCAUUGUGCAAAAGAUUUCCUGGGUUAGCUUGGUAAGUCUGCUGCCAGGAUCGUCAGCACUUACUCAAGAACAGCUUGUUUUAUCAUACGCACGUUGGAGCACUCGGGGGUGGAGCGCGCUUUUAAUUGAACUGACGAUACCUCCAAGAAAUCUCUUCUCUCUUAGCAAAUCAAACACACACUCAUUCUGCCUACUAAUUUGUUAGUGCUGGGACAAGCAUUUGAAUAUUAAAAAAAUGGAUUUUGAAAUAUGAAUAUAAAAUCCAUGCAAAUACAUAUUAUGCAUAAGAGUUAAAAUAUUGUUGUCAUAGCCCUUGAUUCAAGUAGUGUUUUAAUAAACGCAAUUUAUUCAAUGCACAUAUUUUUUAUAGAAAAUUAAAAGGUGUUGUUUAUAUUGUAAAAAUAUAUGUACAUUAUUAUUUUAUUUUUUUGGUAAGAGUCUAAAUUUAAUGUGUAUAGUAUUCAGGGAAAAUGUAGGCAAUAAUAUUGAGUUAUUCUGUUGUAAUUAAACUGCUGUUUUGUGUGUGUGUGAAAAACUUUAGGAUUAUUGAGUUCAAUCCAACUUCUUAAAAUAACACAGGCUUAUUUCUAAAGCUCAUUAUACAGUGUUUGAACAGAACAUUUUAAAUUAAGCUAUUUGGUGUUCCAUAUGAUACUGUGACACUUUGUAAUGGAUUUUUAAUAAUCAGUUUCUAUUAAAUGUAUAGUGUACAUGGUUGACAUAAUAUCAUUGUGUCAUUCUGAUUUGAAUUUCUUUUUUAAAAUAAAACAAAGGAACAGUGAAUCUUAAACACAACAUAUUAUGCCACUGUUGCUUUUUAAUUUCUGUAAAAAAAAAAAAUGUAUCCUGUGUUUUUUAUUUUUUUAGUUCUAGCAGGGGAAAAAUAGUUCAUGUUUAAAACUGUAAAAUAAUGGUGUAAAUAGUCAACCGUUUUUCAGUCUCAUCACAACAUUUUGAUUGCAAAAUGAUGACACUCUGAAUCAUUUUUUUUAUUAGAGGCCCCAAAACUAGUAUUCUGUAUUUA